UUUUCAGGGUCAUCAUGCUUCGUCAAGGCGCGGGAACUCUCCAGCUUGUGUCUCAAGGCUUCGCCAAUGCCGAGCAGGCUCGUGGAUUUGCCACUUUGAAGGACAUUUCCAUCCGUCUGAAGUCGGUCAAGAACAUCCAAAAGAUCACCAAAUCCAUGAAGAUGGUUGCCGCCGCCAAGUACGCCAAGGCUGAGCGUGAGUUGAAGGGAGCUAGAGCCUACGGAGUCGGAGCCAAGACCUUCUUCGACAACAUCGAUCCAGUUGUCGAGGGAGUCGAGAAGCAAGAGUCCAAGAAGCAAGUUUUGGUGCUCAUUACCUCCGACAGAGGACUUUGCGGUGGAGUUCACUCUUCCAUCGUCAAGGAGGCCAAGAACAUCCUCAACAACGCCGGAGACAAGGAAAUCCGCGUUGUAGCCAUCGGAGACAAGUCCAGAGCCGGACUUCAACGUCUUUAUGCUAACAGCAUUCUUCUCUCCGGAAACGAGAUUGGACGUGCUCCACCAAGCUUCGCUGAUGCUUCCAUCGCUGCCAAGGCUAUCCUCGACUCUGGAUAUGACUUUGAGACUGGAACCAUCUUGUUCAACCGUUUCAAGACCGUCGUCUCGUACGAAACCUCAAAGCUCCAAAUUCUUCCAUUGGAGGCAAUCAAGGCCAAGGAAGCCCUCAGCACGUACGAUUCCGUCGACGAUGACGUUCUCCAAUCGUAUUCCGAGUAUUCGCUCGCCCAAUUGAUCUACUACGGAAUGAAGGAAUCCGCAACCUCAGAGCAGAGCUCCAGAAUGACUGCCAUGGACGGAGCAUCGAAGAACGCCGGAGAAAUGAUCGACAAGCUUACAUUGGCCUUCAACAGAACUCGUCAAGCAGUGAUUACUCGCGAACUUAUCGAAAUCAUCUCUGGAGCUGCCUGCGUCUAAAUAUCUCUCUCUCUCUGUCCCUUUUCUACAUCCAUUGUUGUUCAAACUAUCGCUGUUUCGACGCCCCAAUUUUCCCCACUUUAAAUCCUUCCUGUCACCCCCAAAAAUUAGAUGUUUCGAUUUAUUUUUUAUUUUUUUGUGUGUAACCCGUUGUUAUAGUGAUACGUUUGAGUAAAUAGUGACACAAAAACAAGCGAAAUAAAUAUAUUUUUGUAUGAUUUCCCGGUCGUGGAAAUCAUGCAAAAAAAUUUGAUUAGU